AAAUCCCCAAAUCACUUUUCCCCAUUCUUAUAGCUUCCUUUUUCAUUUUCAACUCCUUCACAGUUCAUAUUCCUUUUCCUCUCAACAAUUCCCAUCCCCUUUUGCUUUAUUAGUUUAAAAAUAGUACAGAUUGGAGAAAAGCCAAAAUCUUGUUCAUCAAGCCCUAUAUUUUUUCUUGAAAUAGCAAAUAAAAUGGGUUGAGGUAACAGGAACUUGAAGAAGAAGAAAAAGGGUGUUGAUUCGUGUUGUUGUUGAAGAAAAAGAAGCAAAAAUGGUGGUAAGGAAAGUUGGUAAGUAUGAAGUUGGAAGGACAAUUGGAGAAGGAACAUUUGCUAAGGUUAAAUUUGCUCAGAAUACUGAGACAGGUGAAAGUGUCGCCAUGAAAGUCCUCGAUCGAAGCACUAUCAUCAAGCACAAGAUGGUUGACCAGAUAAAGCAGGAGAUAUCCAUAAUGAAGCUUGUUAGACAUCCAUAUGUAGUUCGAUUACAUGAGGCAUGUGCCAAAAUAAGUGCCAAUGACUUUCAGUUUUCUGAAAUUUGUUUCCUGUUUCACUUCUAGGUUACUGGUGUUGCG